AUCUCGCGCCGAGGGGGCCGCCGGGCUGCAUAAAUUGCCGGGGAGGCCGGGGCGCGAGGCAGCAGUCGGGCGCGUGGUUGCGCAGGCGCAGUACUUCCUAGGCACCCACCCUGUCUUUCCCAAGAGUCCAAAACGUUCAAGACUACAACAUGGCGGUAGUGUCAACCAACGCACAGCAGAAUGUGGUCUCCCGGGUAGCCAGCCUUCCCCUGGUGAGCUCCACCUACGAUAUGGUUUCCUCGGCUUAUGUCAGCACAAAAGAUAACCAUCCCUACCUGAAAUCUGUAUGUGAGAUAGCAGAAAAAGGAGUGAAGACCAUCACUGCGGUGGCCGUGACCAGUGCUCUGCCUAUCAUCCAAAAGCUGGAGCCUCAAAUUGCUGUUGCCAACAGCUAUGCUUGUAUAGGACUGGACAAAGUGGAAGAGAGGUUGCCCAUUCUGUAUCAACCAACUGAUAAGGUUGUUGCUAAUGCAGUGGAUGCGGUUGUUGGAGCAAGGGAUGCUGUAACAAUCACUGUGACUGGUGCCAAGGAUACUGUUGCACAAAGAAUUAAUGGAGUUGUUGACCUGACCAAAGGAGCUGUUCAGGACAGUGUGGAGCUGACUAAGUCAGUUGCUAUUGGUAGCAUCAACACUGUCCUGGGCAGCCGGGUGGUGCGCCUUGUGACCAACGGAGUGGAUACUGCACUCAGUCGAUCAGAAACUCUUGUAGACCAGUUCCUCCCACUUACAGAAGAAGAGCUGGAGAAAGAAGCUACAAAGAUGGAAGGAUUUGAAGUUGAUGUUCAGAAGCCAAGUUACUAUGUUCGACUAGGAUCUUUAUCUUCAAAGGUCCGAUCACGUGCCUACCAACAGGCCUUAAGCAAGGUUAGAGAUGCAAAGAUCAAAAGCCAAGAGACAAUUUCUCAACUUAAUUCCACAGUUAAUCUGAUCGAAUAUGCCAGAAAGAAUAUGAAUAGUGCCAACCAGAAACUCCAAGAUGCCCAUCAAAAGCUAUACAAUUCCUGGGUAGAAUGGAGAAAAAGCACAAGCCAAAAUGAUGAGGAUGACUUGAAAAGUGCUGAGCACAUUGAAUCACGCACGCUGACGAUCGCACGGAAUCUGACUCAGCAGCUUCAAACCACCUGCCUCACCCUGGUGUCAAGUAUACAGGGUUUACCACAAAAUAUCCAGGACCAGGUUCACCACGUCGGGGAAAUGGCAGGAGAAGUCUACCGAAGCUUCCGGUCGGCAUCUUCCUUCCGUGAAGUGUCUGACAAUCUCAUUACCACCAGUAAAGGGCAACUGAAGAAAAUGAAGGAAUCACUGGAUGAUGUGAUGGAUUACCUUGUAAACAACACGCCCCUCAACUGGCUGGUUCCGGACUUCACCAUCACAGACUUGUCUUCCGAAUCUGACGAGAUACCAGACAUCUUGGCUUUGGACGAGGAAGGGCAGCCCGACUAUUCACGCACAAACGGCCCAGUCAUCACAGGACAAAGGGCUGAAUAGACCCCAUGCACAAAACAGACUAUUCUUUCAGUAUAUACUCUUUUCAUGCAACACUUUCUAACUUACCUGCCUGCUUUUUGGAAUGAAAUUGUUUAGCUCUUGUUGUUUGUAUCACUGUUGUUUCAUUUAGACAAUCAUUUUUUUUAUUUUUCAUUAUGAUGAUUUAACACUGAUUUAACAUUUUAGCAGGGAUUAAAUAUCAUUUUGUCCUCUGGAAAACUUGUUCAUAAUUGAAACCAGAGCAGUUUUUGGUCUCAAAUAUCCAUUUUAGCCUAUUUCAUAAUUUGUCCUAGCAAUGCAAAUUGUUGUUCAAAGAUGAAAGCCUAUCUAUAGGAAUGGCUGUCCCAUGUUUCCUUCUUCAGAUCACCUGUAGACCUUGCUCUUGUCGGGGUGUGGGAGAAAGAAGUUAACACCUUAUGUUUCUUAUCUGUUUUGGUUUCCAUUGUCAUGCUUUUAAAAGAAGUCUACUUUGGGUUCCAAUGCAAUGGAAGGACAUGGCACUAUUCUAUUUUGUGACUUUGGCUCCAUCUAUACUGACCAGUUAAUGCAGCCACAUACUAACUAGAAACUGCAGCAGCUAUAAAAUGCAUACCAUUAAUGCAUGUUGCAACAUGGAUUGAAGCAUAUAAAGGUAAAAGGUAAAGAUUUCCCUUUGACAUUAAGUCUAAUCGUAUCCAACACUGGGGGGUGGUGCUCAGCCGAAGAACCAGCAUUGUCCUAAGGUCAUGUGGCCAGCAUGACUGCAUGGAGCGCCUUUACCUUCCCGCUGAAGCGAUACCUGUUCAUCUACUCACAUUUGCAUGUUUUCGAACUGCUAGAUUGGCAGAAGCUGGGGCUAACAGUGGGAGUUCACCCUGCUCCCCGUUCGGUCAGCAACUUCAGCAGCUCAUUGGGGGCUCAUUAAAUGAUAACCUACGCAUUAAAGAAAGUCAACAGAAAGUCCAAGUUAAACCUUUUAAUGUGUUGUAGGAGAUCCCAGGUUGAAAUCAACUCUGCAGAAUGUGGAGCACAUUGUAGACAUCAGUCUUUGCUGAAGUGUUUUGUAGAAUUUGCAAUGAGGUAGUUGCCAAAAAUGCCCCAAGGACAUAGCUGACUAGCAAGGGGCUAAUUGACACCCUGGGAGAGGAAAUUGAUUAUCUCCGCUCUUGUGAUUUCCACUCUCUUUCUACCUCUUAUGCCUCCUAAGCACUGCUGUGCAUCUCUCCUAGAAAUGGGGGAAAUAAACCUUCCAAACUGGUUUCAAGCUGCAGUAAAUGAUCAGUGUAGAAGGGCCUUAAAUCUGAUGUUACAGCAAAGCACAAGAUAGGUCUAUUAGUAAAAUAAUAAACUUCAAUUUAGACUUCAAACUAUAUGUUACUAUCAUUCAGGGGUACACAACCAAUUGCUACUGGCCUUUUCCUGGACAAUCCUGAAAGCCAACAGGUCCUCACCACUGUUUUUUUCACACCUAAGCCAAACAUUCAGGCUACAUGGAAGAAAAUGUUACUCCUUGGCUUUCAGAAUUGCUCUUUUCCUGCCAUGAAUAGGGAAAGAGAACUCUUACAUGGAUCACCCUGAUGGACAGGAGAGGCUUUCAUGUCCUCACGCACAACCUUAGAUUUCUGCAAGCAGGCAAGGAUCUUUGCAAGCAGGCAAAGAGGGUUUAAACCUCCUCAUCACUUCAUUCUGGGAUUAGUACGUGUCUAGACUUUCAAAUCCAGCUUACAAUUGACACUUCCCUGUAGCCUAGAAGGGUUUGCCAUAAUUCUUCAUUCAGUUAUGUCUUAAAAGGGAAGUUCUUCUUUAUGUAACAACUCCCUGUGAUAGAAAUAAGUAUGCUAAGGAGGUUUGAUCUGAAUUGUUCUUUUACCUGUUGAUCGGGAGGAAGGGCAUGAAAUCAUGGGAAAUUCUACUAGGAGUUAAAAUAUUCCAAUCCAAUAACAGCUUUACGAUCUCAUGUAUAUAUUCAUGUAUAAAUCUGGACAUUUUUGUCAAAAAAUCAAGCCCUGUCCCCAAAUGAAUCUAUCUAGUAUUGUACUUUUACUCUUAUCAAAGAAGGAACUACUGACUUCUCAGGGUAGAGGGGUUUUUUAUUUAUCGUGUCAGAAGCAAAUUGAGAAUGUGUAGAAAAACCACAAACAAAGUUAAAAAUUUGGCACUAUCCUUUGAAGCUGGCCACUUGGAGUGCCUCUGGGGUUGCUGUAAGAAGCUCCGCCAUUGUGCAUGUGGCAGGGCUCAGGCAGCAUUGUAGUAAAUGGUUUGUGGUUAGUUGUUCUCCACAUUCACAUGUCGUGGACUCCACUUUGUAGCUCCAUUUCUUAAGGUUGGCUCUGCAUCUUGUGGUGCCAGAGCGGAGUAUGUUCAGCACCUUCCAGUUCACCCAGUCUUCUGUGUGUCCUGGAUGGAGUUUCUCAUCUGGUAUCAGCCACUGAUUGAGGUUCUGGGUUUUUACUUGCCACAUUUGGACUCUCACUUGCUGAGUUAUUUCUGGGAGUAUUCCUGUAAAUUUUAGGAAGCUAUUUCUUAACUUAAGGCAUUGACUUGCUGGCUAAUAUCCAAACAAAGGAUGGGCCGGAGAUGUCAAUGGCUUAGUCCUUUCAUUGCUGGCUGCUACUUCCCAGCGGAGUUGAGGGGUAAAAGGCAAGAGCUUAAGUUCGUUUUCGGAGAACCUCAAAAGAAUACAGACUCCCUUUAAUUUCACCAAAAUGGGGCCAUUUCUGGCCUUUUUGAAUGCCUGGACAUGGAAAUGGUGGUGGUGGCCAAGGGUAGCUGGCCAUCUGAGCCAGCAUUGAUUAUUUCCCCCUCAAUGAAAUGACCCUCCAUUUAUUCACUGUUCAUAUCAUUUGGCCCCGAAACCUUGACUUAUACAUGAGAUCAACUUAUACAUGAGUAUAUACAGUAAGUGUAAGGUUUGUGAAAUAAUGUGAAAAUGCAAAGUCUAGUGCAGGCUUGUAAAAGGAUGGAAAAAUAUUUUCACACAACAAGAACAGAUGUAAUGACAUGCAAGAGAAGCUGGGAAAGUAAUAUGAAUGUGAAUGAGAAACCUUCUCUGAUGCUAUAUAUCUCCUUAGUCUACAUUUGUUUCAAGAGUUAUGUAUCAUUGAUCUAAUUUGCCAACUAAUCUCUUAUUUCUUUGUACAACUAUAAAGAAAAAACCAAUUCGACUUACCUAGCUGAAUGCUAACAUCAAAUGUUGCAUCCUGUUGAAGAUGUCACAUCAAAGUUAUUAACAGUUUUAUUGUUAUGAGGACGUGAGAGUAUUCUCUGGUGCUAAUUUAAUAGAGUAGGUUCACAAAUCUGGACUAAGGAAUCUUUCUAGCAUGAACUGGACAUCUCUACUCUUAAAUAAUGUCAGAUGUAAUCUUGCUAUUUCUAAGGACUAGUCACUGAAAUGCCUUGCAAAUAAAGUCUGAGCUAUAUAAUUUAA